AAGCAAGAGAGUACCUACGCACUAAGUAGUUAUACCUAUAAAAUUAUACCUAAGUGUACUUAUUCGUAUUUUCGAACCAACAAAAUCCUUUUUUUGAAUGCAUACAAUCUAAAUUACGGCCUACAGGACGAUGACGAAGCUCUCUAAGGCUAGAAAACCGCGCAUUACGGAAUCAGAUGGCAGCUUAUCGAAUUAUUAGAUGAUAAGAUUUAGACCUAAACGAGAAAAAAAAGAGUAAAACAGGACAUUGUUAGUGAUGCAAAAAAUGGUGUGGGCGUAGUGUUUAGAAAACUGAAAUAGUGACUUAAAAGUAGUGAUUAUGGACCAGGGAGAAAGGACAGUUCGAGAGCGGAAUCCUAGGGAGGAUGCAUCGAUAUUUUCGAUUGUAUUUUUUUUUUUCACCUCUCCAAUCCUUAAGAAAGGCCGGAAACGCGAUCUACAAGAAAAAGAUAUCUACCAAGUCCGGCCGAAAUUCGAAUCUGAAAAUCUGGGCAAUCAAUUGGAAAAUUCCUGGAACAUAAAUUGCGCAGGAAAAGAAAGGAUCGAUUUGAAUAAAAACGGAAUUAAACAUUUGGAAAAACACAAUAAUGAAGAAAAAACUGCAAUAUUCAAGUGCCUGGUUAGAAAUUUUGGUUGCUAUUAUUUUUGUUUGGGCUUAAUGCAGUUAGCAAUGAGAACUGCUCUGAUAGUACUUCAACCCAAAGCCAUAUCAAAAUUCGUAGCCUAUUUCGAGAAAGGCCAAACGAACAUAUCCAGAUCCGAAGUCUACGGUUAUGCCUUAUUUGUAAUAUCGGUAAACCUAAUAAAUUGUAUCUAUAAUCAUAACUAUCAGCAACUAAUUAUGGAGUAUUCUGUAAAAGUUAGAACAUCCCUGUGUUCGCUUAUUUAUAGGAAAGCUCUAAAGCUAAAUAUAGCUGCUUCCUCAACAACUUCUAUGGGAAAGGUCGUAACUCUUAUCACAAAAGAUGUAUAUUGCAUCGAUGGCGCCCUGAUGUUUCUCAACGACAUGUGGAUUGGCAUAAUUCAAACUAUCAUUAUCACUGUAAUGCUUUAUAAUAGAGUUGGAGCUUCAGUUUUUGCUGGCAUUGGCUUUUUCAUUUUAGUGAUUCCAAUACAAUCUUAUUGUGGAAGAAAAUUUUCUUUUACAAGAUUAGAGGCAGCAAAAAAGGCCGAACAACGAAUCCAGCUAGUGAAAGAAGCCCUCAAUGCUAUCAAAAUUAUUAAAAUGUAUAACUGGGAGAAUUAUUUUGAAAAAUUAAUUACUACUUUGAGAAUUAAAGAAACCGAUAAGCUGAAAGUAAUCUAUUACCUAAAAGCCACAAUAUUGACUCUAGGAGGCUUAACAAUGAAAGUAGCUUUUUUCCUCUUGAUCAUUACAUACACUCUAGUUGGAAACUCAAUUACUGCCGAAACUCUAUAUUUCAUCCAGCAAUGUUUCUUUGCAUUACGCUCCUGUAUCACUACUUCAAUACCUAUGGGUAUCAGUUAUAUGGCUGAAUUAUGUGCAGUAAUGAAAAGAUUCCAACACUUCCUAAGCGCUCCAGAAUUCAACCAAAAAAGUACUACCAAAGCUCCAGCGAUAAGCCCUAAAGUUUACUUGGAUCAAGUUUCCGUAAAAAUUCAAAAUCAAGAAGUUCUUCACUCAGUAUCGAUUGAUAUUGAAAAGGGCCUAUUGGUAGUUGCUGGUAAUAUCGGAUGUGGCAAAAGCUCUCUUCUUAAAGCCAUCCUUAACGAAUAUCCCAUUUCCAAGGGGCACAUGUUGGUACGAGGAUCCGUAUCGUAUACUCCAGAAGAACCUUGGCUGUUUCCUUCUACCAUAAGACAAAAUAUAUUAUUUGGACAGCCUUAUAAUGAAAAACGUUAUCAGGAAGUUUUAAAUGUUUGUGCCUUAACUCACGAUUUGAAUAAUUUUGAAAAACUUGACAAUACUGUUGUUGGUGAUAAAGGGAUUAACUUAAGCAAAGGGCAACAAGCUAGGAUAUGUUUGGCUAGGGCAGUGUACAAAAAUAGCGAUAUUUACUUGUUGGACGAUUGUUUAUCGGCUUUGGAUGCACAUGUGAAUAACCAUGUAUUUAGAGAGUGUAUUAGAGGAUUUUUGAAAGAUAAAUUAGUAAUUUUGAUUACUAAUAAUAUAAACAACAUAAAGCAAGUGCCUACAGGUUGUAUUUUGUUCAUGGAAAAUGGACGGACAAUGGAUUUGAAUCAGCAAAAGGCUGCUUUGGAUAAGAGAAUUACCUAUUACAUUGAUGAAGAUAAUCAAUACACCUAUGACGGCAUUGACUCCGAUGAGGAAAACACCUCAGAAACCGAUAAAUUGCUCCUUAACAAGGAAGCAACAGAGCCCAGAAGAAAUCUGUAUUACGAAGAAAAUAAGCAAGGCAGUGUAUUAUGGAAAAACUAUAUAGCUUAUUAUAAAUACACUGGAGGAAUUGCUGUAUUAUUAUUUACCCUUGUUGUAUUCGUAUUGUGCCAAGGUGCUCUGGCUUAUUCGGAUAAACUUCUAAGUUUAUGGGUAAACAUAGCACCGGCAAUAUCAAAUUUAACCCGAACCAAUCAAACAGAUUCAGAAACAUACCAAAUUCAAACCCAAAGAAGCGACAAGUUGCUGAAAUUCUAUAUCCUAGCCAUAAUAAUAGGCACAGCACUAACAUUGCUACGUUCUUUCGCUAAUUUCUAUUUUUGCACUAGAGCUGGAAGACAGUUGCAUAAAGUCUUGGUAACGGGUGUGCUAAAUGCUUACAUGACAUUCUUUGAUAAUCAUUUUAUUGGAAAUAUCGUCAACAGAGUAUCAAAGGACUUCCAUACUAUUGACGAAAAUAUACCAUUUAUUAUUUAUGAGAAUUUAAGGUCUUUCUUUCUUGUUCUAGCAACAAUCGGACUAAUAGCUUCAGUCAAUUAUUACUUCUUGAUACCUUCUGCUGUUCUUUUUAUUAUUUUGUUUUUCAUUCAGCGGUAUUACAUUCCAACUGGAAGAAGUUUGAAAAGAUUAGAAGCAGCCACAAGAAGUCCAAUGAUUGGUUACAUAAACGCCUCCUUAGAAGGCCUAACUACAGUCCACGCUUGUCAACAAGAAAAAAUCCUACAACGUGAGUUCGAUAGGCAUCAGGACUUUUUCACUUCUGCUUAUUACAUGAAUCAAUGUACCGUCAGAGUUUUUGCGUUUUCUAUGGACAUGACUUGUAUAGCAUUUAUUGCUUGUAUUGUAAUAAAGUUUGCUAUUUUUUCAGAAGGUGUAAAGGCUGGCGAUGUAGGUCUAGCAGUCUCUCAAGCAAUGACCCUAACAGGUUUACUUCAAUGGGCUAUUAGACAAGCAGCAGAAAUGGAAAACACCAUGACUUCCGUUGAAAGAGUUUUGGAAUAUGGAGAAGUGGAAAGUGAAAAUAAAUCUGGCCAGGAACUGAGUAAAUGGCCAACAGCUGGUUCCAUUAAAUACAAUGAUGUAUCACUGUCAUAUAAAACAAGCGAAAAAGUUUUGAAAAAUAUAAGUUUUGAAAUUGAGGGUAAAACUAAAAUUGGCAUCGUUGGAAGAACUGGCGCAGGCAAAUCUUCAAUAAUAUCCACACUUUUUAGACUCUAUAACUACGAAGGUAUCAUUACAAUUGACAAUAUUGACAUUAAAACUUUAAAUGUAGAAUAUCUAAGAUCUAAUAUUGGAAUCAUUCCUCAAGAUCCAAUAUUAUUUAGUGGAACUAUUCGUUCAAACAUUGAUCCUUUAAAUAAAUAUUCUGAUUCGGAAAUUUGGUCAGCUAUAGAAAAAGUGCAAAUGAAAAGCUUAGUGAACAGCUUAGAACAAGAAAUUUUGGAUCAUGGACUUAAUUACAGCUCCGGUCAAAGACAGUUGCUCUGUCUCGCCAGAGCUUUAGUUUGCAAAAACAAAAUUAUAGUUUUGGACGAAGCCACAGCAAAUAUGGACGUUGAAACUGAUAAUUUGCUGCAAAAAGCCAUACAGAAUAAUUUUGCUGACUGUACAGUGCUUACGAUAGCACAUAGACUGCAUUCCGUUCAAACUGCUGAUAAAAUUUUAGUGGUGGAAGAUGGAAAAAUUGUACAAUUUGACAGUCCCGGUGUACUCUGGUUAGAUAAGGAUGGUUUGUUUUAUAAAAUGGUACGGGACGCCGGUGGUGCUUCGUCAAAUUUUUCAUUUUUGUAAUUUAGUUUUUUUUAUACAAUAAAUUAUUUUGUAUUGUAA